ACCUACAUAUCAUGUACUCCAUCACAUAAUUCAUUUCACAUACGGGAAAAGGGGGAGGAUAAACGUGUUCAUCAAUGAAUCUGUCGUCUGGCCUGGAGUCUCAUUUUCCCAUUGCCCUUUGUCUGUGCAAAAAUACUUCCGCUUUCUUCGAUUUUUGCUUGUUUUUUUUGUUGCCCAACAGCAAAGUGUCAUUGUUACAUCAUGUCUGAGGGAAAGGAAAUAUCCGUAUGAAUGCAAUAUUGCACUUUUCCCUGCUUCCUGUAACCUUAAUCAUGUGAAGGCCUUCGGUUACCUGUUAGAGAUGCCAUAACUCAUCUGGUAACUUGAGCACGUAAACUGAGACAUUACCAUCCCACAUAGGCAGAAUAUCGCUUACCUCUCACAGGUUCCUUAUUUUUUGUUUGACAGUUUCACAUGAAAUCCACACAAGGCUGCUCACAUGUGAUUAUUGAAAUCUAUACAAACAUUUGUUGGUCUUUUGUUUUUGCAACAAUGAAGGCAGGCGAUUGAAUAAUCUUUUUUUAUAUAUGUGACAGUUAUUUGUUAUUUUGUGCAGCCCAAAAAUAGAUACGAGUAUCUAUGCAAAUCUGGGAACGUGUUUGAUCCGAAUCCAAAGUUGUGGGUUCGGAUUCCAUGAAAAGUGUCAUAACAUGGCCCGAAGGAGGGGGACUGGCCCUGUUGUGCCAGAUGAGGUGGACAAGUAAUCGAUACUCCACUUUGAAUUUGUGUAGUUUUCUCAACAUUUUGUAAACUGACCAAACCAAACCCUUUCCGGAAUUUCCGAACCACUCCAGUCGCUCCUUCACUUUCCACUGCAAAGUUUUGCAUCAACUUGAAAGCCAUUAUCAUCAAUGAAAGACGAUGGCGCAACGUCUUCGGUGCCCGAGUCGUCAGGUGGGUUAAUAAUUCUAAUUGAAAAAGGCAAUUUGUAUGCGGCGAGCAAAGGGAAACCAAAGGCAACGCAGACAGACAAAAGCACUCAAUAUAAUUAAAUUGUCGACGGACCACCCAGCGCCAAUAAUUCCACCACCUGAACCACCGAUUCGAGUAAUAGUUUCAAAAUGCCACGACUGUUCAGUACACGGCGCCUCUUUCCGGUCGGAAAGAAUAGGUUUACCCCUUGCAAUGCAAUUUAUCUGCUACUUCUGGUCACUAUAUCUGUUGUGUUAGUGCUGCAGCUUCACAGGCACUUAGAACCUGAAGAGGUCGAGGCGCCUGAUCCUCCAGCACCGCGGAUAUUUUGCAUAGUUUCCACUUACGAAUAUCGUCAUGAACACGCCGCCAUUCACAUACAUCGGACUUGGGUCAGGCACUGCGACCACUAUGUCUUCCUCAGCGAUAAUAUCCAUCACUACUUGGAACCGACGGUAUUUACGAAUCUUCAUGACAAGUGGCACCGCAUGAGGGCCUAUCUGGAAUACGUCUACAAGUAUCACUUCCAUCAGGGGGACUGGUUUCUCUACGCCAAUGAUGAUAAUUUUGUAAUUGUAGAGAACCUUAGGAAUAUGUUACAGUCCUAUUCUUCCAAUGAGCUGAUCUACUUCGGCUGCAAGCUGCGCACACCCAAUGGGUUGGUCUUCAUGUACGAGGGUUCUGGGAUUGUCUUUAGUGGAGCUGCUCUCAAAAGAUUUGCUCUCGCUGCCCUGACCAACGAAAGCAUCUGCAGCUCGGAGGCAAAAGGAAAUGAUUUGACCGAGGAACUGGGGCGAUGUCUCACCAAUGUCAAUGUGAUAGCUGGCAAUAGUCGAGAUGAGUUACAGGGACAUCGAUUUCUGCCCUUCGAGGAGGAUCUGCACUUGGCAGGUCAAUUAAAUGAAUCCAUAGAUCAGCACAAGUAUUUUCUGGAUCAUUCAUACUACCCGGUGAUUGAUAUGAACGUGCCAGUUUCCUUGCGAUCGAUCUGCUAUCACGUUAAUGCCAUGAUGAACAUUUAUGACCUGUACUACUUUACUUAUAAAACUCGAAUUUUCGGUGUGAAACCUAAUUCAGUCUCUGAAAAUGUGAAAAUUGUACAAAAUAUGAAUCUCAGAAAUGUACGAAAUAAACAACUGUCAUAAGCCUUAGUUUAUUUCUCAAUUUAUCAUAAACAUAAAUUAUUUAAAUAAAAGCUAUCUG